AGAAUUACAUUCUCGUCCUGUCUUCUUCCUGUCAUAUGCAGUCUUCGCAAUCAACAACUUUUCCAGAAUAGCUUUUCAUCCCAUUGCUGAGCUCCGACCUCCGUUUGCUAUCCAUAUCUCGACGACAGCAUCGCCAGCUACCCACACACUCGUCCGCUUGAUCCGUCGAAACGCAACGCACGAUAGACUGCCUGGCGACGCUUCAUGAUUGACGGACCUAGAAGCCCCGAAUCAUGAGGGUCAGGGGAGCUCUGCAGGCGGCGGCCUUGCUGGCGUCUGCCCUUUGGGCGACACCCCUCCUAGCCAAGGACCACCCAACCUUCAAGACAACCAAGCUUGAUACUCAGCCCAACAAUCUCAACUACUUCGAAGGGUCCGAUACUAUUCUGUUUCAUGACCCUCACAAGUCCAACCUCUGGCGCUCCGAUGACGCAGGCGCAACAUGGUCCGUGGUCAAGGAUAUCCCCGACGGCAAGGUCGCCCGGCUAUAUAUGCACGACUUCGAUUCGAAGCGGGCCUUCGCAAUCACUGAUGGAAGAAAACACUACCGCACCACGGACCAAGGCAAGACGUGGAAGACAUUCGAAAUCGAUGCCGAGUGGGACACGGAGCGGUACGAUAUCCUGCACUUCCAUGCUACGGAUCCCGACCGCAUCAUCUUCAACGGUCUAAACUGCCUCGGCUUCCUCUGCGAGGAGGUCUCUCUUUACACAAUCGAUGGCUUCGACACCCCUGCCAAAUCUCUUCGUCCCGAUACCCUUGGCUGCUGGUGGGCAAAGUCUUCCCCCGUAUUUACGACUGGCGACUCAGACCUCGACAAGGAUCGCAUCCUUUGCAUCAUCAUGGGCGUCGAUUCCAUCUUCUCAGAGGACCGGCGCCUGGUCAUCUCGGACGACUUUUUCAAGGCAGAUAAGGAGGGGAAUAUCCAAGAGUUCGAGCCAAACCUAGCCGGUGAUAAGCCCGUACGUGGUGUCGUUAAUGUCGCCGCUGUGAAGAGGUACUUCAUGGUGGCUACGACAUCCGCCAACACCGACGAGAUGGCGCUCUUUAUCUCCACCGACACCAAGAAGUGGCAGCGGGCCAUGUUCCCCAACGCGCAUGAUGAUCACGAUCACAAGAUUGUUCAAGAAGCCUAUACUGUUCUGGAAAGCACAAACUACAGCAUCCAGCUGAACGUCAUGACAGGCUCAAAAUCGGCACCCAUGGGUAUCAUGUUUACCAGCAACUACGAUGGCACGUACUUCAGCGAGAACCUCGAGUAUACCAACCUCAACAUGUUUGGCCACGUCGAUUUCGAGAAGAUCGCCGGCAUCCAGGGCAUCUUCCUGGUCAACAAGGUGGAUAACGGCAAGGAGGUGGACGAGAAGCCUAGCACCAAAAAGAAACUCGUGUCGGAGAUCACCUUCGAUGAUGGCCGAACUUUCGAGAAGGUUACCGCGGACGGCAAGAGAAUUCAUCUUCACUCGGUUACCGAACUUAAUAACGUCGGUCGUGUCUUUUCAAGCCCAGCACCCGGUCUGGUCAUGGCCAACGGCAACACUGGUGAUUACCUCGGGGACUACUGGGAGGAUGCCAAUCUCUAUGUCUCUGAUGAUGCCGGCAAGACUUGGAAGAAGGCACUGAAGGGGCCACACAAGUACGAAUUCGGAGAUCAAGGAUCUAUUCUCGUGGCUGUCCGCGAUUCAAAGGAGGAAGAUAUUUCAGAAAUCAGCUACUCGCUUGACCAUGGAGAGAACUGGGUCGACGAGAAGCUGCCCGACGAUCUGAAGAUCCAGCCUUGGAUCCUCACAACCACUCCUGAUUCGACUGGCCUUCAGUUCGUGCUUAUUGGCAAGGCUAAGGGUGCCUGGCAAGUAAUCCAUAUCGACUUCGAGGGCCUUCACGAAGCUACCUGCAAGGACAGCGAUAUGGAGGACUGGCAUGCCCGGGUUGACAAGGACGGAAAGCCUACUUGCAUCAUGGGACACACUCAGACCUAUGCCCGCCGCAAGAAGGAUGCCAAGUGCUUCCUCAAAAAAGAGUUCAAGCUCGCGGAGGUGGAGGCCAAAGACUGCGACUGCACAGACCAGGAUUACGAGUGCGAUUACAACUUUGAGCGAAACGACAAGGGCAUUUGUGUGUCUAGAGGACCCAUUCCCAUCCCAGAGGGUGCUUGCAAGGAGGGUGAUAAGAAUGGUAAAUUCCUAGGUACUUCGGGGUACCGCAAGAUUCCCGGCAACACCUGCAAGGAUACCAAGGAGACAAAGGACAAGUAUAAGGAUGUUGAGCGGUCGUGUGGUGAUGGCAUCGGUGCCCCACCAGAUGAGGCUACGGGUGAGCUCCAGCAGGUCGACACCAAGGGCAAAUUUGGCCACUGGACCCAUUGGGAGAAGCACUACCUCGAAAGAGGCGAGUCUAGUAGCGAUUCCAGCGAGACCAUCAUCAUGAGAGGGAUGAACCGCACAGUUGAUGAUUCAGGGCCAAAGGUUGGUCCUAUCUGGAGGACCACAGAUCACGGCAAGAAUUGGGAGAAGAUAGACUUCUUCAAGGACGAGGAGGUUAUUAGCAUCGUUCCCCAUCCUACUGUUAAGAAUUGGGUCUUCUUCCUUACUGAAGGCAAGAAGCUGAUCUACACACCUGAUCGUGGUAAGCGCUUCCGCACCUUUGAGGUGCCGCAACCCGCCGAUUUCGAGGCUGCCGCCAACGGUAUCUUCCCGCUUAUCUUCCAUCCUGACAAGCCAAACUGGCUCAUCUGGUUGGGGAAGAAGUGCGAAAGCAAGAACGACUGCUAUCGGGUUGCAUACGGCACAAAGGAUGGAGAACGUUGGGAGGCCCUUGCCCGCGAUGUCUACCGGUGUGAAUUUACGGGAGCGGAGGCUUACGGGCGCAAAUAUGCGAACCGUGCUUUGGAGCAGAUUCUCUGCCUCAAGCACGAGAAGGAAGGUGACAACGACAGCGCCCUGCAGCUUGUCUCAUCCAACGACUGGUUCAACAAGGAUGAGAGGGUACGUCUGAAGGAUGCCAAAGAAUUCGCCACUAUGGCAGAGUUCAUCGUUGUUGCGACGGAAGAUACGGAAAAGAAGACGUUGCGGGCCUAUGCUUCUCUUGACGGCAGUUUUUACUCCGAGGCCAAAUUCCCUUUUGGAUUCGAAGUUCCCCACCAACACGCAUAUACUGUCUUGGACAGCUCAACCCAUGCCGUCAAUCUCUUCGUGGCGACCAGGAUGGAGGGUGACAAGAGUCUUGGUACAAUCCUGAAGAGUAACUCCAACGGUACAUCGUACGUCGUCAGCGUGAAGAACGUCAACUGCGACCAGUAUUUCUACGUUGAUUUCGAAAAGAUGGUUGGUUUGGAAGGUGUUGCUCUCGUCAACGUGGUCGCCAACCCGGACGCGAAGAGCAGCGCGCCCAAGAAACUUCAGACCAAGAUCACGCACAACGACGGCGCCCAGUGGGCGUUCCUCCCUACCCCUAGCAAGGACGAAUUUGGCAAGUUCCCGUGCUCGUCCAGCGGUACUGAGAAGUGCGCACUUCAUAUUCAGGGUUACACCCAGCGCAGGGAUCGCGGCAAGACGUACUCAUCUGAGGGUGCCGUGGGCGUCAUGUUUGGAUGGGGUAAUGUGGGCGACUCACUUGGUCCACUUAAGGAUGCCGACACUUUCAUGACUACAGAUACCGGGAUCACCUGGAAGCGGGUCAAGAAAGGCAGAUGGAACUGGGCUUUGGGUGACCAGGGUUCUAUUAUCGUCCUCGUUCCUAUCAGGGGACAGAAAACGGAUACACUCGAGUACUCCCUUGAUCAGGGUGCUACUUGGAAGAAGCACACUUUCUCCAAGGAGAAGGUGGAUAUUUGGGAUCUUACCACCACGCGCUCUGGCAACUCGCAGAAUUUCUUGAUCUGGGGUGAGAACAGCGAUGGUCUUCUCUUCACCACCAAUAUCGACUUCACCAAGUUCACCGACCAUGUGUGCAAGUAUGAUCCAGAAAACAUCAGCAAAUCCGACUACCAGAUUUUCUCGCCCAAGCACCCUCUCCAGCCUGAUGGAUGUUUGUUUGGACACGUUUCUCAGUAUCUGCGCAAGAAGCCUGGCCUGAAGUGUUUCAACGAUUUCAGACUGGAUCCGCUGUACAGCAAGCAGAACUGCACCUGCACCAGGUCGGACUUUGAAUGCGACUUCAACUACGAACUCGACAACCACGGCCAAUGCUCCCUCGUCAAGGGCCUCAAGCCCCAAGACCCCAAGCUCUGGUGCAAAGAACACCCCGACGAGAUCGAGUACUACGAGCCCACCGGCUACCGCCGCAUCCCGCUCACCACCUGCCAAGGCGGCGCCGACUUCGAGAAGCAAGCCGCCGUCCACCCGUGCCCAGGCCACGAGGACGACUUUGAGCGCAAACACCGCGUCUCGGGCGUCGCCAUCUUCUUCGCUGUCGUCCUCCCCGUCGCCGCCGCCUCCGCCAUCGGCUGGUGGGUCUACCGCAACUGGGACGGCAAAUUUGGCCAGAUCCGCCUCGGCGAGCACGGGGCGGCUACCAUGGAGUUCUUCGACGCCGAUAGGCCCUGGGUCAAGUACCCCGUCAUCGCGCUCAGCGCGGUGGUGGCGCUGGCGGGCGCCAUGCCGCUUGUUUUGGGCGUCCUGUGGAGGACGGCCAAGAACACGGCGGAGAGAUGGGGUAUCGGAGGCGGUGGUGGCGGCGGGAGAGGUGGCUGGAGCCGGCUGGACGGUGGCGGCGCGUCGAGGACGUUCAGGACCAGGGAUAGCUUUGCGAGGGGGAGAGGGGACUAUACUAUUGUGGAUGAGGAUGAGGGGGAGUUGUUGGGGGAGGAGAGUGAUGAGGAGGUUUGAGGUGUGAAAUGUCUCAAGACAGGAAGUGAAUUUCUUGGUGGAAACGCGGUGGGGUGUUUGGGUUAGUGAAAGAGAUGGUGAGAUGGAUAACUGGUUUAGGCAUCCCCGAUGUGAGAGACUAGUGAGUGGACGG